AUGGUGGAGGAGACAGUUAUGUUGGCUGCUUCUACUUUAUCUGACGAGCCUAGAUACGAAGCCUAUAGGCUUACAAUCGGCGACACUAGCCCCAACAUAACCUACUCACAUCCGCGAAACAAAAAAACAAUUUAUCCUGCUCCAUGGGUUGAGCAUCUGUUGCGAAUCUUGGCAUCCCAAUUACUGAAUCUCGGUUGCCCGCUAUGUCACAUUGACUACACCAAUCAAAAAGUCCACCGAAUAGCGAUUCAUCUCCCCUCCAUUGCAACAGAUUGCUCUACUCCUCUCCAGAAUGCUCCUUCGAUUGCUACUUUGUCGAGUUUAGCCCCUUCAACAGUGACAUCUGCAAUUUUUGAUGCAAUGCCUCCUUGCUCCGCAUCUCCCGCAGCACAUCCAAUAUUCUAG